AUGACGAACAAUGAAGAAAAUGUUUCUGGUGAAACAAUUGGUGUUGGAAAUGGACUAGCAACUGCCUCAUCUACGACAGAGCGAGUUCAUCACAAUCAUCCUUUGUAUAUUCAUCCAUCUAAUACGCAAGGUUUGGUUCUUACCUCACUUAAACUUGAAGGAUCUGAAAACUACUCAUUGUGGAGUAAAUCUAUGAAACUAGUCUUAAGAGGAAAUAACAAAUUAGGUUUUGUGUUAGGAACCUGUAAGAAAUCCAAUUAUGAUGAAGAUUUGCAUGAACUCUGGGAUAGAUGUAAUGCUAUAGUUCUAGCAUGGAUUGUGAACACUGUUUCAAAGGAUUUAAUUAGCACUGUGAUAUAUGCUUCAGAUGCACAUAAAGUCAGGGAAGACUUGAGAGAGAGGUUGAAAGAAUUAUGGGAUGAAUUUAAGGCAUUAAUGCCUCCUCCUGGUUGUGGAUGUCCUGAGUCUAAGCAAUACGCUAUCACUUCCAAUCUCAGAAGUUAUGGCAGUUUCUCAUGGGCCUUAAUGAGUCUUAUUCUCAUGAUAAGAGUCAACAUGGCAGUCAGUUUAAUGUUCAAGUUGAAAGCAGUGAACAAGCAGCUAUGCUCAGUAACAGAUUACAAGUUCAAAAAGAAAGGUGGAAAUCAUGCCAACAAUGCUUCCACUAGUGGCAAUGGUCAUCCAACAUCUGAGUCACAGUAUCAGCCUCAGAAUUUUAUGCUAGACAAAGGAAAAGAAGUGUCACCUGUUGCCAAAGCUGCUACUCAUGCUGGUACCACAGGUGCAGGUAUAUUUACUGCUCUACUAUCUAGUGUAGUUGAUUAUAACUGGAUAGUUGAUACAGGAGCAACUAAUCACAUGGUUCAUAAUGAAAAAUUACUCAAUAGGCUUAAUGCUUUGACUGAUAUAUCCAAAAGCAAGGUACAUUUACCUACUGGUGAACAAGUCACUAUCACUAAAACUGGUGAUGCUUGUGUGUUCAAAAACAAAGUAUUACAGGAUGUGCUAUACAUUCCUGAGUUCAAAUACAAUAUGUUCUCAGUUGCUAAGAUCACAAAGGAACUCAAUUGUUUUGCUGCAUUAUAUCCUGAUUUCUGUGUAUUUCAGGAACUCUUUACUGGGAAGUCAAGUUCUGGAGUUAUUGUUGGGUCCACUAUAUCUAGUAAUCUUGUUAGAAGUGAACAUUUUAAGUGCAACAUUAAAUGUCUUAGGUCAGAUUAUGAUUCUGAGUUUCUCAAUCAUCAAGUGUCUGCCUUAUUGAAGGAGCAUGAUACUCUUCACCAAAGUUCCUGUGUUUACACUCCUCAACAAAAUGGUGUAGUUGAAAGGAGACACGGAUAUAUCUUAGACAUUGAUAGAGCCUUAAGAUUUCAAGCAUCUAUUCCUCUUAGAUUUUGGGGAGAUUGUGUCUGUACUGCUAUCUAUCUAUUGAAUAGAAUACCAACUGUCAUGCUACAGAACAAGUCUCCUUUUGAAAAGUUCUUUGGUAGAGUCCCUUCCUUGGACCAUCUGAGAGUGUUUGGUAGUUUACGUUAUGCCACAAAUGUCAAGUGCACAGAUAAAUUUUCUCCUAGAGCUUUUCCUGCUAUUCAUUUAGGUUAUUCCUGUUCUCAGAAAGGUUAUGUCCUCUUUGGUUUAACUCCUAAGACACUAUUUAAUCCUCUUACUGUUGAUGACAAUUUUCUCUCUUCUUGUGAUCCUAUCCCUCCAGAAGUUGUUCCUCCUCUUCCAUCUAGCCUUUCUCCCUUUUCUUUUGAACUGUUGGAUCCUUUCCUUCCUUCUAGUGCCCCUGUGGCUGAUCCAUCUUCAUCUCACCUGCCUUCUCCUCCUUCUGUUUCCCUUCAGCCUAGAAGAUCCACUAGAAGUUCUAAACUACCUAUUUGGAUGAGUGACUUCUAUAUUCCUACCAAGGAUGCUCCUUCUUACCCUAUUUCUUCCUAUGUAUGUUAUGAUCACUUAUCUCUAGCCUAUAGAGCCUCUUUAGCAGUUUUUUCUGCUAUUGUUGAACCAACAUCUUUUGCUGAGGCUAGCAAAGAUCCUAAAUGGGUGGUGUUGACACCUAAUUUUUGA